AUGAAGAUCUUCUUCUUUUUUCUUCUGUCGGGCCUGCUGGGGGCGCUCUCUCAGGAAAACCUUGAAGGCAAAGCCUUUGUGUUCCCGUUGGCUUCAAACAGGGCCUUCGUGAAGUUGAAGAUGGACCUCCAGAAGCCUCUGACCAGCUUCACGGUGUGCGAGAGGUUCCAGACGGACUUGGCGCGCCCGUUUGUCCUCUUCUCUUACGCCACCAAGGACGACGACAAUGAAUUCUUGCUCCACACCAAUAAGCAAAACAUCUUGAGUGUCUUUAUGAAGCAGGGAAUCGUCAACUUUGACACCUCCAAAACAGCCGUGUCCUCCACCUGCAAGGAGCACCUCUGUUUCACCUGGGACUCCGAGACUGGAUUGGCAGCUUUGUGGUGGAACGGGCAACCCUUACCUCGAAAAAUCAUAAAAAACCUCAACGUCCAAGGCAACGCCUCCAUCAUUUUAGGACAGGAACAAGAUUCCUUCGGCGAAAAAAGCCAGCCAGAGUCCAGCGAAGGGAAUUUGAUCACUCUGGACACGUCGAACAUAGAAGCUUAG